AAUACUAAGUCGACUCGAAACUGCAAACAGGAAAUGCCUUUUUUAAUUUCAUAAUCACAAGCUGCUAUAUAAAAAUGUCUUUACAUUUUAUAUUUUGGGGUUUGUUUGUGUUUACAACAGCUAAAGACCCCGACAGUUCUGGAGUAUGCAAUGUUUCAUGGGUGAAUAAGAAAAUGAGAUUGGGUUGCUGUGUGGAUUUUCAGUUGAUCAAUGGUGACUGCAAGCCUUGUAUUGGACGACAUGGAGUAAACUGUACAAUGCCCUGUAAGUUUGGAUUCUUUGGAUUUGGAUGUCGUCAAAUCUGUAACUGCUCCGACAGACAGGGGUGUGACCGACACACAGGCUGUUUCGAGUACAACGAAAAGAACGCGACAUUCUAUGGAGUGGCUAUUUUUGUCACACUUGUGAUGUCAUCUCUAUUCUGGGGAGGAGUCAUUGUAGUAUAUAAAAAAUAUGGAGACAAAAUAAAGGUGCUGCUUAAUCAGAGACGACAGGGUAACAUAAGAGAGGAAAAGUACGAUGACAUCCGAGAAUCCCGAAUGAUGAUGAAAAUAAAUAAUGGUUCGAAUUCAGUUGCUCCACUUAACAGGAUGACUGCAGGAUCGUGUCCAAGGGGUUCCGAUAAUUACCACCAUCUUAUCUCUACCAAAGUCAUUCCAAAACAAAUACAUUCUAACGUUUACAAUGCCAAGCUAAUACAAAACUGAGGACUGAAGUUGAUUUUGAUAUCACAGAAGGCUUUUUUAUCAUUGUUAUUUAGUAUUAAAAGCAUGUCUUUUUUUUUGAAAAAAAAGGUUACUUUUAUUGAGAAUGUUCUUUUUGUAAUGAAAUAUAAUUCACAUCAAUUUACUUUUUAGUUAGUUCGUUCGGAGUUUAAAGCCCAUCCGUAUUAAAUGUUUCUUCGGGUCUAUAUAAGGUUAAAUCUUUAUUGAUCAAUGUAUAUUUAUCAUAAAACUUUACAAUAACUAUUUUCACAAUGUCUAUUUACAGCAUUAUUGAUGUAAAUUAUACUUACAGGUACAUUUUAGUAAAUCUGAUUCGUUCGAAAAAAUUUAUCAAAAACACUAUUACCCGCUGAAAGAUGCAGAUCAGUACGUAACUCUCUGGUUGAAAAAAAAUUCGAAUAGACAAACUAUCCGAAUUUUUUCAACUAGAUAGCUACAGAUCUAUGCAGCUAACCCGCUGAAUGAUGAAGUCUAGCAAGAGUCAUUAUUGCUUGGCGUUGGGUGAUAUUUAAAAUAAAAAGGGG